CAAAGCGCACAGUCUGUUCAGCGAUCUCUCAUCUAGCGGUCUCUUCUCUCUGCCUCUCCAUUGCUCACUGGCUCUCGUCGUCUACGGCUUUCUCCUCUAAUAGCCUCUGAUCGUAUCUGCACGAUCCCGAGCUGACCGGUGAGGUACCGGUACUCUCCCCUCCUUCCACUCAUUCGAUCAAUCCCCCGCCUCCUCACAACAGCUGGAUGGAGACUGGCGAGCGGAUAGGAAGAGGCGAAUGGAGCUGCGGGAUGCUGUAGGGGUUCGACAAACCGCAGCCCACAGCUGAAGCGCACAGGGUGAACAAAUACACGGGAACGUUGGGUGCAAGCAGAGAGAAGAGCUUGAAGUUUUUAAGAAAGGAUGUUCUAAAGCGUCGAGAGCCGUGCAACAUGAACAAGCUGUUCAGGAGGAGGCAGCGCUCCCUGCUGCAGCGGCUUUGCUUCUGGUGCGCCGGACUGCUUGCAUUGAGUUGGAUCUCACAGCUUUGUCAAGUAACAGAUGGCGGACCCUUCAGCAGCAGCAGCAGACUUGAAGCACUGGGAUGGCCUGGGCGAAGACUCCUAUCUGCAAAUGAGGAGAACUCAACAGAGAGAGCUGUCAAUUGCACCAAACCUGCAAUUCAUGAAUUUCCUCAAGACAUCUUUUCAAAGGAGCAAAGAAGAAAAGGGGCUGUGCUUCUCCAUGUGUUAUGUGCUGUGUACAUGUUCUAUGCCUUGGCAAUCGUCUGUGAUGAUUACUUUGUGCCGUCUCUGCAGAAGAUAUCUGAGAACCUUCAUCUAAGUGAAGAUGUGGCAGGAGCAACAUUCAUGGCAGCUGGCAGCUCUGCACCAGAACUGUUCACUUCUCUGAUUGGAGUGUUCAUCACCAAAGGAGAUGUAGGUGUUGGGACCAUUGUCGGGUCAGCUGUCUUUAACAUCCUGGUCAUUAUUGGCAUAUGUGGCGUCUUUGCAGGACAGACUGUACCUCUGACUUGGUGGUCAUUAUUCCGGGAUUCCUCAUAUUACACCUUCACUGUCAUUGCACUUAUUCUGGUAAUCUAUGAUGAGAAAGUUGCUUGGUGGGAGUCCAUCAUUCUUAUAACGAUGUACAUGGUCUACAUCCUCAUCAUGAAGUUUAAUUCCACAAUCUAUAACCAAGUGGAACGCUGGGGCCCUAGUCGCAAUCAGCCUCGAAUGGUCAAUGGUCACCAGGCAGCAGAGAACAACCAGCACCUGGAUACAUCAAUGGUCAUGCUGAGAAAAGGACGCCGCUCUGUUCAGGAGUCAUCCCCUGUUCUCAUGGUGGAUGAGUUAUUCUGCCUACACCCCCACCAGCUCAACUUUCCUGAAGCCAGCUUGCGUAUCAUGAUCACGCAGCACUUUUCACCAAGGACUCGACUCAGUAUGGCCGGCCGGAUGCUUAUUAAUGAGAGACAACGGCUGAUUAGAAACCGUAGCCCUGGAGGCAGCAGUGGCAGUGGUGGCGGUACUGACACCCCAGUGAAAGCAAGCAUGGCUGAUACAUGGCCGCUGGAAAAUGGUGGACCAAUGGAAAAUGAAAGACAGCUUUUAGAGGAACAGAAGGGGCAAAGAGAAGAGCAAGAAGAGAAUGAAGAUGACGACAGACGAAGAGGGAGUACAGCAGCAGCAGGAGAGGAGGAGGAGGAGGAAAGUUCGCCCUUUUUACCAUUUCAGAUGCCAGAUGGGAUAUGUGCCAAGAUGAAGUGGCUAAUUUCUUGGCCCUUUAGUUGUCUGUUGUACUGUACAGUGCCAAACUGUGAUCAGCCACGCUGGGAGAAGUGGUUUAUGGUCACCUUUAUGAUGUCCACUCUCUGGAUUGCAAUCUUUUCCUAUGUAAUGGUCUGGAUGGUUACUAUUAUCAGCUACACGCUAGGCAUUCCAGAUGUUAUCAUGGGUAUUACAUUUUUAGCAGCUGGAACAAGUGUUCCCGAUUGCAUGGCAAGUCUCAUCGUUGCCCGUCAAGGUAUGGGUGACAUGGCUGUCUCCAACUCCAUUGGCAGCAACAUUUUUGACAUUCUGCUGGGUCUGGGCUUCCCUUGGGCAAUGCAAACCUUAGUGGUGGAUUAUGGAUCAUCUGUCUUCAUAAACAGCAAAGGACUGCUGUACUCAGUCAUUCUGCUGCUGGCUUCCGUCUUUCUUACUGUUCUGAGCGUGCAUCUGAACAAGUGGCAACUGGAUAGAAAACUCGGUUUGGGCAUUCUGUCCCUCUACACGGUCUUCGUGCUCUGCUCAAUCUUGAUCGAGCUCAAUGUCCUUGACUCACUUCCACACUGCCAUUGAGGACAGCUCCCUACUUCCCACCAUAGAAGGUUGGAGUAUAGAAGAUGUGUUGGAUUCUCUCUGAUGUUAAGCACCUUAUGACCACCACCUUCAUUCUGCUUUGCACGCACUGGACAUCCCCUGAUCCUUAACAGUGCUGGCCUUUAUGUCUGGUGCUUCCACUCCCUUCCCAAGCAAGCCGGUAGCGUUUGUGAGCGGCAUGCAUUUAUUAUAUUGGUAUUUUUUUUUUUUUUGCAAUGUGAUGGAAAUGAUAAUAUGGGGCUUUUCAUUGCUUCUGCAUCAGGUAGAAUGGCCAGGUCUUGUAACAGCUUUUGAUCUCACAGAGUGACAUGGCUACAGUACAGAAGUUACCCAACCUAAAUUUGUGCUAGUACAAUAUUUGGGCAAGACCUGCCUGUGAAUAUUUAGCCGGCAGCUAUUCUUUCUCAUUUUACUUUUGUGUACCUAUUGUAGACGCCUCUUACUAUUUAAGUAGACAAAUGCAAAGCCCACAGUAGUAUUGUGUUUUACAAAACAUCUGCCUUGAGCCUUACUGAGCCUAUCAAGAUGUUUAAAACAAAGGCAUUUAUGAUCUAUGUCAUUCACUUAAACCAGAUCUGGUCAUUUUUUUUAUUUUUGGUUCCUUUUCGGCAGUAGGGUGUAAUGGUUACAACCCUGGAUGUUAAACCAUAAGGCUGCAGUUCAAUGUCUGGCUCGGCCACACUGUGUGACCCUGAGCAAGUCGCUUAUUCUGCCUGCGCUCAAAGCUUAAAAAAAUAUCUGUAAGCAUUUUUAACGUCUCCUGAUCUUGUGAUUUGCAUUGGGUAAAGGUGUCAGCUAAAUAUGUAAUAAUGCUUUUUCAAACAGAGUAGCAUGAAGGUGGCCAUGUCUUCCAGUGACCCAUUAAAAAAUGAACCUUGUGUCUAAGGAGAUGGACUUCAGAACUAGAAGAGCUUACCUUUAUAUCCCUUCUCUGCUUCCCAGGAACAUCUAGGCCACGUUUAUUAUCUGCUUUUGUGAAGUCUUUUUCUCUUUUUUUAUGAUAUGCUUUGGGGUUUGCAGAUACAUAAAAUAAAGAUUGAUCUUCCACAGACGAUAUAGUUUGGAGCACUGCAGGAGCCCACAGUGACAGGAAAUAUUCAGAUCUGUCUGUAGUAGUAAUUUAUUUUUUAUCAGCAUCUGUAGAAAAACCGCAGUGCAUACCAUCAUCCCUUUCUUCUUUAAUCUCAUUCUUCUUCCAGUCCCAAAAGCCCAAACCUGAAUAUUUUUCACCACUCUCGAGUCCCUUGAUUCACCCCUUUUUUUCCGACCCAUCUGAUCAGACAUGUUUGUAUUGUAAUUAUACAGCAGCCUUUGGUUGGGCACAAAAGAGGCUCUGCAGCAUCUGUUCCUCCCGGGAGUCUCAUUUCAGGGGGCUGAAGCAAUAUGGCCUAAGGCAGAAGGUUGAAUUUCAGUUCAAGGCAAACAAAAAGAAUUUUUCAUAUGGUCUCCUGACACAUAUAUUUGAUGCCAUCAAAAUGAAACAUUUAAAGAUGCAAUGUGGGUGAUGAGAGUGGAGCUCUUUGUAUUUCUUACUGUCUGAGAGUGGCCCCCUCAAGUGCUGCUUUCUCGGGUCUCCUAGUGAAGCCUGACAUUGUAUAAGGCAGAGUUCUAAAAUAUUUUAUUUGUACACCAGCACAUCAAAGAGUCCAGAAAUGGACUCAUCUCUGACAAUGCAGUUUGCUUCCCAUCCUAACUGCACGCAAGCUCAUUUUUAUAAAUGUUCCUAUCAGUAGUCUAAUAGCACCCCCUAGUGUUCAAAGACAGGAGUUGGGAUGGUUUGACAGGAAACAGUGCAAGCACAACUAAUCGAGAUUAACUGAUACAGUGCUCACUAAACAGGAGGCAUAAUAUGCAUAUUUCUUCUGUAAACUGAUAAACUACUCAAUCACUCGGCUUGUGAUAUUUUAUUUACCCAUUAGAAGGAAAUUAGUAUUUCACAGCAUUGCAUUAAAAUGAUGUGUUGAAUUCAAUUAGACAAAGUAUGUGGCAUCUGCUGGUCUGCAGGACUUGGGAUGGCAGGAUACCUAGUCAGAGUUUUGAUGAAUUAUUUUACCUGUUUGUAUCCAUUUUAUUUUAUGCUUGUGGAGAAUAUAUUUUGUUUAUUAUGUGUUAAGGAGAUAUUGAAUUAUGUUUUAAGGAGAUAUUGAAAAUUAAUCAAACAUUUUCAAAUAAGCCAAUUUAGAGUUUGGGCUUAUGCUAGAAGCUUACCCAUUAUAGUCAUGCACAAGGACAGUCUGGCACAACUCCACACUUAGUCUGGGCAAAUUUAAAUUUGUCAUUUAAUCCAUUAAGUGAAUCUUUUAGAUGGUGGGAGAAAAAGUAUAGAGAGCAUGCAAACUUUACACAGACAAUAACCGGGAAUGUUAUUUAAACACGGGAUGCUGGAUCCAUAGGGCAGUAAAGCUAACCAUUGCGCCACCAUGUUACACAAUUCAAUGUGAUCAUAAUUGGCAGCUAAGCAUGCAGUGGUGUUGUUGGACCGCUUGCCUUCCCAUCAUAUUUGGGUAGCUGUAAUUGUUCUUCCAGAGUUUUGUAAAGAAAAUGUGCACUUACAUUACAUUGUGAUUUGGCUUUUUUUGUUUUCAUGUUACUAGUCUUUCUUUUCUUUUCUGUAAACCACUGAAGCCACUUUUGGAAAUGUACCGUAAUAUUUACAUUUAAAUACAUGGUAGAUCAAUUAGAAUUUGAAAGUAAAAAAUGCAAAUUAGUUAAUAUUUAAGCAGCAUGCAAAAUUUAAAGUAAAAAAUUCAAAAGUAAAGUUAGAAGCCAAGCAGUUAGACUCUUGAACUUUUAUAAGGUUUGUCAAAGAUGUGUCAAAUGGUGUUCUUAACUCUCUUUGUAUUAUUUUCCCUUUUUCUGGCGGAAAACAUGCAACACUUCUUUUCUUUUAAAAGUAAAACUUUUUUUUUUUUUUGGAAAGAAUUGGAAGACACAAAAUCCUGUAGAUGAGGGGUUUCCAAGCUGUGGCUGCUGGUUUUCAUUUGAGUUAGUUUCUUAAUUAGAAACCAGUCUUAGCCUUUGGCCUGUGUCUUUGUGUACGUAUCUGCUUCAUUGCUGCUUUUAUUCUCAAAUCAGUAAGCGUGAGGUGCACUUUCAUUUGAAACAACGUUUUCCACAUUUUCAUAUGGGUUUACUCCCAUUUUCUCCAACAUCCCAAGAACCUGCAACAGUAGGCUGACUGAUUGGCCCGUGUAAGUGAGUGUGUCCUCAUAGUAGAAAAAAUUCCAAAGUAGUGUUUGCGAUCAACUUUAACACUUUGUUUCUUCUUUCUAUGAGAGCAAAGGUGGUUCACGUGACACACUGAACCAGAGAUGGGAUUUGAACCUGUAGGCCAUUUCCUUAGUUCAUGGGUCAUUAACCACAGCCUUCUGUUUGACGCAGCUUUACUAGACCUGUAAAUGUUGCUGCACUCUACAUAAAGUACAGGCUCGCUUAACAGAUCCAAAUUCUCAAGUAGUAUAAUCUAGGUGUGAAUAUCAUUUGAUCCUAUCUGACUUAAUACUUUAUUUAUUAUUUUAUUUAGAAAGAUUAGCUAAUUGAAAGAUGUCACAUGAUGUAAUAUUUUAAUAAGCCAAGGCAGAUGGUGGCAUGACAAUUAUCAUAAAUACGUGCAGACUAAGUGGGACAAAUGACGACAGAGUGCACUUUUUAUACAAUAUAUUCAUUGUUGUUUUUGACAGUGCCAAUUCUGAAGUCCCCUCAAAUAAUAGGAGUUUAUUUAUUGUUUCAAAAAUAAUUAAAAUAUUUAUAGAAACAGAAUAAUUUUACAUUUUGGGAACUUUAA